UUGACACGCUAGCGCCCCCUGACGGCCCUAAUAUGUUUUCUGCGCAGUGUGUGUGUUGAACACUUUUUUUAGAGUUUCAAGAGGAGAUGGCAGUUAUUCGUGCAGCUGGCAUUUUUUCCAAGUUUGCGACAAGGAAAUAUCCCCUGUGGACAGGUCACUCCAGCCGAAGUCUCUCGCUGUCUCCCUCAUUAGCAGCUCGAACACACGUCAGCUGCGAGCUCAAGGAUGAUGUGGCAGUUAUACGACUCAAUGAUCCAACAGCCAAGGUGAACACGCUCUCGGCACAGAUGCAGUCGGAGCUGAUGGAGCUGAUGGGGGAGAUCUGGUCAAACAGAGCUGUGAAAAGUGCCGUCUUCAUCUCCAGCAAGCCUGGCUGCUUCAUCGCCGGGGCAGAUAUCAAUAUGAUCCAGUCCUGUACGAGCAGUGAGGAGGCCACCCGUCUCUCUCGGGAAGGUCAGAAGAUUUUUGAGAAGAUUGAAAAGUCUCCCAUCCCUUUUGUCGCUGCCAUCCAUGGCCACUGCCUAGGGGGAGGACUCGAGCUUGCUUUGGCCUGCCAGUACCGAAUCGCCACAAAAAGCAGAAAAACAGUCCUGGGGACACCAGAGGUCAUGCUGGGACUGCUGCCCGGAGCAGGCGGCACUCAGAGACUGCCUAAAAUGGUGGGUCUCGCUGGAGCGUUUGACAUGAUGCUGACAGGCAGGAGCAUCAGGGCAGAUAAAGCCAAGAAGAUGGGGCUAGUGCAGCAGCUUGUGCACCCUCUGGGUCCUGGUCUGAAACCUGCAGAGGAGAGGACCAUUGAAUACCUUGAGGAAGUCGCAGUGGGCGUGGCCAAGGGAAUCGCCAACAAGGAGGUUCUCCUGACGAAAGAGAAGAAGCUCAUGCAGAAGCUGCGGGACACAGUAAUGGACCUCGGUCCAGUGAGGAAGCAGAUCUACAAGGCCGUCAGAGAGAAGGCCCAGAAAGAGACGAGAGGCCUCUACCCUGCUCCUCUCAAAAUCAUUGAGUGUGUCCAAACGGGAGAGGAGAAGGGCAGAGAGGCAGGUUAUCGGACUGAAGCUGAGAACUUUGGGAGACUGGCAGUGACUUCAGAGUCCAAAGCUCUGAUUGGCCUUCAUCAUGGUCAGGUGUUUUGUAAGAAGAACCACUUUGGGAGCCCAGAGAAGGAAGUAAAGAGGCUGGCGAUACUGGGUGCAGGGCUGAUGGGUACUGGAAUAGCCCAGGCAUCAAUAGAGAAAGGCCUGACCACCAUCCUAAAGGACACGACAAUGGAGAGCAUCAGCAGUGGACAUGAAAAGGUCUAUAACAGCCUCAACACUAAGGUGAAGAAGGGAGCCUUGACCUCAAUGGAGCGUGACGUCACACUAUCCAAUCUCUCGGUUCAGUGUGACUACUCUGGUUUCGAGUCUGCAGACAUGGUGAUAGAGGCCGUGUUCGAGGACAUUGACCUUAAACACAAAGUCCUCAAAGAGGUGGAGGCGGUAACACCUCCCCACUGCAUUUUUGUCUCCAACACUUCAUGUUUGCCCAUCAAGGACAUCGCUGCUGCCAGCAAGCGCCCUGAAAAGGUGAUUGGCAUGCACUAUUUCUCCCCGGUGGACAAGAUGCGAUUGCUGGAGAUCGUCACCACAGAUAAGACAUCUGAAGACACCUUGGCCUCUGCUGUCAGCGUGGGCCUCAAACAGGGCAAGACCGUCAUCGUUGUCAGGGAUGGGGUGGGUUUUUACACCACUCGCUGCUUGUUUUUCAUGUUUUCAGAGGCUAUAAGAAUAUUUCAGGAAGGUGUGAGGAUAAAGGAAAUGGACACGCUGGUAGAAAGCAUUGGCUUUCCCUUCGGCGCGUCGACGUUGGUCGAUGAAAUUGGUAUUGAUGUCAUAGCACAUGUGUCACAGGCUAUUACCAAGGCCCACGGUUCUCGUUCUGAGGGAGGAAACAUGGAUAUACUCAAGACCCUUCUGGAGAGAGGCUUUAAGGGUCGUAAAUCUGGGAAAGGCUUCUAUAUCUAUGGAAAAGGAAAGAAAGACAAGACUGUGAAUCCUGAAGUUGAUGAAAUCCUAAGGAAAUACAAAGUGACAGCUCCUCCUGCAGUUUCCUCAGGCUCUGACCUCCGUCUCCGGAUAUUAUCUCGCUUUGUCAAUGAGGCGGUUCUGUGUCUUCAGGAGGGAAUAAUAAGAAACCCAGUAGAGGGAGACAUCGGAGCUGUGUUUGGAGUGGGCUUCCCUCCCUGCCAUGGUGGUCCAUUCAGGUAUGUCGACACCUUCGGUGCAGAGCGCCUCGUGAGCAUCAUGAGGCGAUUCGAGGAUGUUUAUGGAGACCCGUUCACACCUUGCCAGCUCCUACUGGACAAGGCCAAAGACCCCAGCAAGAAGUUUCACAACUGAUCCAAAGGGGAGAGAGACUUAAAAACUUGUUAAGCUGUAUGUCUUUUUAUGGAGAAGAGGACCUCAGUUGAGAAGAGCUUUGACAACGGGAUGUGACUUGGCAAGAUAAGUUGGUCUGCUGAAGGAAUACACUGUAGUUUUCUUUCUUUUUCUUUUUUUAUUCUGUAUUUCACUGAUAGUUCCUUAAUCUCAUGGCUGUCCAGUGAGUCCAUUUCGCUCCAAUACUACACACAAGCUUUGGCCAAUUCCCAGUGACACUGGUCGCCAUGUUGUAUCUUUUUCAUAUCCGUCUAUGAAUCAGUCUUAAGCUUGUGGUUCAUCUUGUAACUGCCUGGUUUAGUUCAAAAUGUAAAACUCUACACAUCAUGUUUAAUUCCUUCUAUACUACAACCAGUGCAGUGAAAUGCUUGAGCUGUGUACCUGGAAUAAGAUACAUUUAUUCAGACUUACAUACUUAAGAUGUAUAUUUAUACUUCUCUGCUGCUGUGGCUGCAACUAGGAGCUGUUUUAUUUUCUUUCAGUGCAAUAACAAGUAAAUCUCACAAUCUCCCGUCUGGAGCUCUACACAUCCACAAGAUAAAAAAAAAAGCAAAUAGCUUGAUUUUCA